AUGUUCGAGGAUAUUUAUUUUUGGACAAAACAUGGCCGCCCGGUUGCUGAAGAAGAUCAUGAACGCAACGCUUCUUGCCAAUAUAUUUUGAGCAACAUGAAAAAGGACGGUAUCAUUAUGAAAACUUAUCAUGUGGAUCCCAAAGAUCCUAUUUGGGAUGAGGCUUUCCACGAAAAAAUGGAUCACACUUAUUUCCAAAAAGAUCUUGCUCCAUUUGUAAGGUAUUCUAUCAAUAAGAAAAGAAGAUGGGAAGCUCAAGGCAAUAUGGAUACUCUCACUGAUCUCAAAAAAGCUUAUCGGGAUAUGGACGUGUUUGUUAGUGAACGGGUUUGGCUCAGAAGUUCUCCACUUUUUUUAAAAAAAACAAUGAAUUCGUCCGACGAAAAACCUCAACUCUACGACCCGCGGCCACGAUCGGAAAUAAUGUCUUCAGACAACUACGAAGUCCCACAAAUCGUCAAGCCAGCGGUCGCUGUGAGCCCAAUCCGGGACAAAGAAUUGACCCGCGGCGGCAGACAAGUGAAAUGCUCGAUCCGCGGUUGCAAUCGCCGCGUCGAAUUGAUGGAAUUCCCAUUCUUCUCCGAUUCGGAUGAGGACGAGAACAAAAGUCUUUCGACCCGCGGAUCACAACUCACUCAAUGGCCAUUCGCCAUCAAAGAAGCCGCGGAUGAAACCACCGCAGCGAGCCAAACAAUCACGAUCAACAAAGAUCGUGUGGAGAAGUUCUUGCACAACAUCGACAUCUCAACCGCUCGCAUGGCUGUAGCUCUGGAACGAUCCGCGGAGCAGAAAGAAGAGCAAAGAGGACAAGGCAGAAUCCGCCGUCCCCGAAACAACUUCCAGUACGACUUCAACAAACUCGUAGACAAGUUGGAGUCCAUUGAGCUAAAAAUUGACCUUCUGGUCAAUAAAUCGAUGGAGCCACCAAAGUCGACGAACGUGGAAGGAACAGGGACCCGCGGAUGGAAUUAG